UCACAGCAGACUAUUAUCUGCGCAACAGGAGACUGGGCGGGGAGAGGCGCAAGGUCUGUCCGCUGUCUGGACAGCAGAGCAAAAAAACUUUUCCAACACAUAAAACAACUCAGCAAAAAUGAGUAUGUACGGCUCUACUUCUAAACUGGCCACACUGGGCCAGAGAAGUAUGUCUAAUUCGCGACCGGAUUUGGUUGGUACAGGUUAUCGAAACGACGUGUUCGCCAGUGGAAACGACUUCCAGGCGGAUUUCCAACAAGCACCGGGCGGCGGGUAUGCCUACACCUCCAGCGUCUCCAAGACCUGGCACAGCGGGGGGGCCGGAGGACAGAAGGGGCACAUCAGCAUGGGUGGGAGCGGAGGUGGUGGAUAUAGUGCGCAGGCUAUUCAGGAAAGAUCUUUAUUCCUGACAGGCCAGUGUCACGAUUACCUGCAGAGAGCGAAGAUGAUUCUCAAUGGUGGGGGUCCUGCUGGGGAGGUGGAGAAGUUAUUGAUGAUGGCUGCAGAAUUCAUUGAGCAGCUGAAGGUCUGUGGCAGAGACCUGCAGCAUAUGCGUGUAUCCAACGAUGUCUACAGAAGUGUAGAACAGUUCCAGAGCUUGCAUGCUGCUAUCCAUCAGCAACUUAUGGGUGGUAGACGAACCAAGGGCAGUGUGGGCUCUGCUGACGGGGGCAGGGCCUUCAACGAUGCCAUGGGCUGGAUUACCCAACAGAAGCGUAUGAUUGAGACAGCGCCAUGGGGGGACGACUCUGCCACCAUAGAAAACCAAAUCCUAAGCCACAACAAAACCCACAGCUCUAUCCAAAGGAGUCAGGAAGUAGAGCGUGCUAGAGAUGAACUGAGAGGCGACAAGUACAACCUCUCCAUCCUGGAACAAGAAUGGGACAGCUUGCAGAAAAUGUCCCACAACCGUAUUAUUCAGCUGCGUGAUCUCCAGAACAUCAUCGAGGAGAUCUCCCGAGCCAUCAUGUGGGUGAAUGAGAGAGAGGAGGAGGAGCUUGUUUUUGACUGGGGAGACAAGAACAUCGACCAGUACAUCCCCAGGAAGCAAGAGAGCUACUCAAGGAUGAUGAGUGACCUGGAAUUGAAAGAGAAAGAGCUUAACAAGCUGAAAGUGAAAGCUGAUGGACUCGUGAACAACAACCAUCCUGCCGCUGAUAAGAUUGAGGCCUACAUGGAUACCUUGCAGACCCAGUGGAGCUGGCUUCUUCAGAUCACAAAGUGUAUCCAUGUUCAUUUGAAGGAGAAUGCUGCCUACAGCCAAUUUUUCAAGGAGGCCAAUGAGACCUAUUUGAAGCUGCAGAAGCAGGAUGGGGCUAUCCGAAGCAGGUUUGCCUGCGACAAGAACACCCCACUGGAUAACCUUUCUGAACUCCUGAAAAACCUGGAGAAAGAGAGGGAGCGAAUUAUGGAAAAUAAGAGGCAGGUCCAAAGUCUGGUCAACAAGUCUAAAAGCAUUGUCAGGCUGAAACCUCGCAACCCUGAGGAGAAGAGCAGCAGCCCUGUCAUAGUCCAGGCCUUAUGUGACUUUAAACAAGACCAGAAAGGGAUUCUGAAAGGGAAUGAGGGCAUCCUCAAGGACAACUCACAGCGCAGCAAGUGGCUUGUGACAGGACCUGGAGGUCUGGACAUGUUGAUUCCCUCUGUGUGUCUGCUCAUCCCCCCACCAAACCCGCUCAGCAUUGGCCUCGCCAACAAGAAUGAGCAGUAUUAUGAAGCCAUCAUGGCGAUCUGGAAUCAGCUCUUCAUCAACAUCAAGAGUCUCAUCUCAUGGCAGUACUGCCUGAAAGACAUCAGUUACAUCAACUCUCUCACUGUCAGCAUGCUGGCCAACAUGCGCCCGGAGGAGUACCGCAGCAUCAUCAAAAGACUGGAGACUCACUACCAAGAGUUCAUGCGUACCAGCCAAAAUUCUGAGAUGUUUGGGGAGGAGGACAAGAAAACCAUCCAGGGCCACUUCGAUAAAGCCCAGGACUACUAUGACACACUGAUUAUCCAGCUGCCUGCUUAUGGGGAAGGAGGGGUACAUCCUGGAUGCAUAAAACCCUCUCCACCAACCAAGACCCCCGAGCCCAAGGGUAACAGUCAGUCUACCCUCAGCAUUAGCCUGCUCAGUAGUCUGCAAGAACUAAGACGCAGGCUGGAGCUGGCUGAGUCCGGUCUCACCAGUCAUCUCCACGUUUCCCUUGGGGACAACAGUGCACACGAGUGCGCGGUGCACAUCCAGAAGCUGGAGACUGUGCACCAAGAUUUGGACUCUAUUUAUGAUGAUUACCUGCGCUUAAGAGAAAAGAUUAUAAAGCAGCUGGAAGGGAUACCUGCGGACUCCGAGCAAGCCAAAUUCCUCCGCUCUGAACUAGAAAUCAUCAACAUGAAACUGGGAAGCCUGCGGGGUCUCAACUCGGCCUACCUUCAAAGACUGUCGGCUCUUAAGGCCUUGCUCCAGAGCUUUCUCCAAGUCGAGGAUAUCAUUAAGGUCUAUGAGGCCCGGCUCACAGAGAGGGAGACUUCCUCACUGGACCUUCGGGAAGUGGAAAACUAUCGGAGCACACUGAAGCAAAUGAAGAGUGAUCUGGACCAAAAAAGAGACCUGCUGACAGCCAUGGCGUCUGACCUGGAUAAAGCAAAGUACUGGAAUGAUCAAAUCUCUGAGUCCGUCCACAAGUGUGACGUAGACUUGUCCAAAUAUUCAGACCUUGUGAGUCAGAUGUCUGACCGCUGGCGUCGGAUCCAAUCCCAGAUUGAUAACAGAGUGUGGGACUUGGAGAAGCAUGAGACACAGCUGAAAUAUUACCAGCAGAGCAGUACUUCCCUGGAACAGUGGUUGGACAAUGCCAGGAAGCGCCAGGAUACCCUUCAGAUGGUUAAGCUCAAUGACAUCCAGACCCUAAUUGACCACCUCAACCAACAGAAGGCACUUCACACUGAAAUUAAAGGAAAGAAGGAGAAAGUAGAGGAUGUUCAGAAAAAUGCAGACACCUGUGCUGCAUCCAUAAAGGACUAUGAGUUACAGCUGGCUUCCUACAGUUCAGGCCUGGAAACUCACACUAAUAUUCCUAUCAAGAGAACAAUGCUGCAGUCCCCCGCGUCUGUGGUCAGACAAGAGGCGGCUGACCUCCAGUCCCGCUACAUAGAACUUCUUACCCGCUCCACUGACUACUGCAAGUUCCUAGGGGAGCUAAUGAAGAACCUGGAAGAGCUGAAGAUGAGGAACACCAAAAUUGAGGUGCUGGAGGAGGAUCUGAGGCGUCUGAGGGAGGACAUCGAGGAUACUAAUCGGAAAAACAAGUCUCUGGAGGAUGAGUUGAACCGCUGCAACGGGGACCUCUCUCAAGCUAAAAAACACAUAAUUUCUAUUGAGGAAAUAAAGGCGACCACAGCAAUAAAAGUUGAUGCUGCCAAGGACAGCCUGGACAGCACACGCAAGCAGCUUCAAGAUCUUAAUGACCAGCUGACCACCAUUAAAUACCAGCUGGAUGAGGAAAAGAGGAAAAGAAGGCUGGCAGAGGAGCGCUACACCAGCCAGCAAGAAGAGUAUGAGGCGGCUGUUCGCCGAAGACAGAAAGAACUGGAAGAGCUCAACUGGACCAAGAUUGACUUAGAGAAGAAUGUGAAGGACAAAGAACGUGAACUGGAGAGGAUGAAGAUGCUGCUAGAGGAUGAGGAGACACGUCGACGAAAUGCUGAAACAGAUAUCUCAAAGGUAAGAACACAGUGCACCCAGGAGAUUAAUCAACUAAAGCAGAAAUAUGAGACACAGAUCCACGUCACCAAGACCACAAUCCUGAAAGCCUCGCAACAGAAAGAAGAAGAUGCUGCAGAGCUGAGACUGCAAGUUGACAGACUCGCUGCCGAGAAGAGAGAUCUAGAGGAGGAGCUGAGGAGACUGAGACAGUCCAUUGCUCACACAGAUGAGCAGAAAAGCAGAGCAGAGCAGGAAGCCAGCCAGCAGAGGGCCUCAGUGGCACAAGAGACAAGGAUGCGCAGUGAGCUGGAGGUGCAGCUGAGAACCCUCAGGCAACAGAGAGGAGAGGAUGAUGUCAAAUUAAAGGAAGCCACCAAAAACAAUCAGGAAAAGUCCAGGCAGAUCAGCAUGCUAACAUUUAACCUGGAUGAGGAGGGAAAGAAGAGGAGAGCUCUGGAAUUGGAAAUCAAUCACCUGAAAAAGGCUGAGGCAGAGCUGAAGGCAAAGAACACCUCUUAUCUGGAGGCAAUUAACAAGCUUAAAGUGUCUGAGCAGGAGAUACGCAUCACCCGAGUGGAGCUGGAGAAGCAAACCAGUGAGAAAACCAAAGCUGAGCAGAGUUAUGCCAGGCUGCAGAGCCGUAUCCGGGAACUUCAGUGCUCUCUAGAUGGGAUGGAGGCUGAUUUAGAGAAGCAAAAGAAGGCAACGCAAGAAGAGUUCACACGUAGAAAGAGAAUGGAGGCCGAGCUGGAGAGGGUGACAAUUACCUGCAGAGAGCAGACCACCACAAUUAACACACUGAAAUCUGUUCAGCUAGAUGCUUCCAACACUGGAAGGAAGUAUGAGCAGGACCUGAGGGCCCUCCAGGAGGCUCUGGACAAGAGCCUGAGGGAGCAUAAAAUCACAAAGGAGGAACUGGCAAAUGUAACAGCUGAGCUGAAGGUACUGAAACAAAAGGUCAUACAGGAGCAGGCCCAAAUUCAUGAGCUCAACCUACGUAAUGAGAACCUGUAUAAGACCAUUGAGGAAAAGAGCCGCCUGCUUAACGAAUACACUACAGAGAUUGAAAAGCUGAAGACUCUGACACAGAACCUGACAAAGGAGAGACUGAGGUUGGAGGAGGAGCUGAGGGCAGUUAGACAGGAGAGAGAUGAGCUGAAGCUUCGCAAAGACACUAUUGAUGGAGAAAGUGCUUCUCAGAUCUCAGCCUUGCAUGUCCAACUUCAGAGUAGCACCAAGAAGACAGCGGAACUCCAGGCUCUCAUCAAUGACCUGACCAGGGAGAGAGAAAAGCUUAAAUUGGAAAUAGACAAAUUCCAAAAGCAAUCGAUUGAGACGUCCAUCAUGGUGCAGAGUUCCCAGAGCCAGUACAGUGAGCUGCUGCUGGAGAAGGACAGUUUGCUGUCAAAGCUUAAACUGCUGGAACAGGACAAGAAUCGUCAUCAGCGCAUAGAGGAGGAACUCACCCGCAUCAAGCUCACACUAGAGACUGAGCUCCGCAGCAAACAGCGGCUGCAGGAUGAAAAGAAUUCCAUCCUCAAGGAUUUCAACCAUAUGAAGAGCCAGUAUGAGCUGAGAGACAGCCAGAUCAGGCAGUGCGAAUCAGACAGAGACAAGGCUGAUCGCGAGAGGCUCUCCCUGAAGAAUGAGAUUGAAAGGCUCAUGCGGGAGCUGAAGAGUGUUGAGGAGAGGUACAAGAGUCGGCUGCUGAGCUCUGAAAAGGAGGUAUCAGACCUGGCUGUCAAGAGAGAUGCCCUGGAGAGAGAGAUAAAGAGGCUGCAGCAGGGACCCUGUACUCUGAACAAGCAGACACAGACAGAUGAGAGGGUCCCAAACGUUGAUCCGUCCAAGCUGAUAUUUGAUGGGGUGCGCUGCAAAGUCACAGCCCACCAGCUUUGCGACUGUGGUAUAAUCAGUAAAGCCACUCUCGACCAGCUCCUAAAGGGACAAAAGACAGUGGAUGAGGUAGCUGUGGAUAUCCAGCUUAGUCUAAAAGGUACUGGGGUUAUUGCUGGCAUGACAACAGUUUCUCAUGGGAAAAUGCCCUUCACUAAAGCCAAAAACAAGAACUUCCUCAGCCCAGAGAGCACCCUCAUGCUUCUGGAAGCUCAAGCAGCAACAGGUUACAUAGUGGACCCUGAAUUUAAUGAAAAGAUGCCCGUUGAUACUGCCUGCUCCAGAGGGAUUGUAGACACAGAAGACAGAGACGUCUUGGUGACAGCUGAAGCAGCUAGCACAGGCUUCAAAGAUCCAUUCACUGGCAAAGUGUUAUCUGUGGGUCAGGCUUGUAAACAGGGCCGCAUUGACAAAAACACAGCCAUCCGCUUGCUACAGGCUCAGGAGUCUGUGGGAGGCAUACUGGAUCCUGUUCUGAGUGUGUUCCUUCCAAAGGAUCUGGCCUUGGAUCGCAAUCUUAUUGAUGAAGAGCUCUACAGGGCUUUGAACAAGAAACCCACCUGCUACCUGGAUCCUGCAACAGAAGAGAAGAUCAGCUAUAAUGACCUGAGGAAGAAAUGUACAGUGGAACCUGUUUCUGGCUUGCUUCUGCUCCGUGGCCCAGAAAAAACCCUGGAAAUACCUUGUAUCCGUGGUACGGUCCCUAUCAAGAACCUCGUCGAUAGUGGACUUCUUGAUGAAACUGACUUGAAUAAACUCAACCAAGGCAAGCUCAAUUUAAAAGACAUUGAAGAAAGGUUGAAGUCCUAUCUCCAUGGCUCCACCUGUAUUGCGGGUAUCUAUGAUGAGGCCAAUGACCGAAUCCUACCUUUAUAUCAAGCAAUGAAGGAAGGUCUUCUCAUGAGAGGAACCACCCUGGAGCUUCUUGAGGCCCAAGCUGCUUCUGGCUUCAUUGUCGAUCCCGUCAACAAUGUCUUCUUGACAGUGGAGGAAGCCACAAAGAGAUGCCUGAUAGGGAAAGAGUUUAAGAAUAAGCUGUUGUCUGCAGAGAAGGCUGUAACUGGAUACACAGACCCAGCCACAGGAAAGACAAUCUCCCUCUUCCAGGCUAUUGAGAAAGAUCUUAUUGAGAGAGGUCAUGGAAUCCGUCUGCUUGAGGCCCAAAUUGCCAGCGGUGGGAUUAUUGACCCCAAACAGGGCCACCGUAUUGAUGUUGAUAUUGCCUAUAAAAAGGGGUAUUUUGAUGAAGAGAUGAAUGAGAUCCUAACUUAUGAAGGGGAUGACACAAAAGGGUUCUUUGACCCUAAUACCAGGGAAAACCUGACAUAUCUUCAGUUGAAGGACAGGUGUAUCACAGAUGCCAAAACAGGCCUAAUACUCCUGCCGCUCAAAGACAAGAAGAAGUCCCAGAAGACGCAGGAAAGCCGUACCAAUGUCCUCCGCAAGAGGCGGGUUGUGAUCGUUGACCCAGACACCGGGCUGGAGAUGUCAGUCAGGGAGGCCUAUCAUCGGGAGCUGAUUGACUACGACACCUUCCUGGACCUGUCAGAGCAAGAAUGUGAGUGGGAGGAAAUAACUAUCAAGGGGUCAGAUGGCUCUUCACGUUUGGUGAUAGUGGAUAGGAAAACAGGAACCCAGUAUGACAUCCAGGACUGUCUGGAGCGUGGUAUCAUUGAAAAGAAGUCUUUGGAUCAGUAUCGUGCUGGAACGCUAACCCUGACUCAGUUUGCUGACCAAAUUACCAGCAAAGCUUGGAGCACUGACAUGACCAUUACAGCCAGCAAUGUUGAUGACAUGGUCACCUGCAGCAGCCCCACCCAGGCCUCACCGUCCUCUCCUACCGUCCGUAAACGCUUCAGCAGUAUUUCUAUUACUGUCUCCCCCCCUGAGAUGUUUGAUGAUCAGAGCCCUGUGGCAGCCAUAUUUGACACAGAGACCUUGGAGAAGAUAACUAUUUCUGAAGGGCUCCGAAGAGGCAUAGUUGACACUAUUACAGCACAGAGGUUGCUUGAGGCCCAGGCAUGCACAGGUGGUAUUAUCAACCCUGCCAUUGGCGAGAGACUAUCACUGCAGGAUGCGGUCCAUCAGUCCAUCAUUGAUGAAAGCAUGGCUAUGAAGCUGAAACCUGCACAGAAAGCCUAUGUUGGUUUCGAGGAUGUGAAGACUAAAAGAAAGAUGUCUGCAGCAGAAGCAGUGAAGGAGACAUGGCUACCUUAUGAGGCAGGACAGAGAUUUUUGGAGUUUCAGUACCUGACAGGAGGCCUGAUUGAGCCUGGCACUGGACGUCGCAUUACCAUUGAAGAGGCUAUCCGCAAGGGGUGGCUUGAUGGUCAAGGUGCCCAGAAGCUUCAGGAUUCACGGAAUCACCAGAAGAACCUGACCUGUCCCAAGACAAAACUGAAGAUAUCCUACAAGCAAGCCAUGGACAGCUGCAUGGUAGAGGAAAGCAAUGGUAUGAAGAUGCUGCAAGCUUCCUCUGUGUCCACGAAGGGAAUCAGCAGCCCUUACAACGUCUCCAACCCAGGAUCUCGUUCUGGGUCCAGGGCUGGUUCCCGUACUGGCUCCAGGAGUGGAUCUCGCAGAGGCAGUGUGGAUUACUCCUCCAGUUACACCUACAGCUUCUCUUCCAGCAGUACCACCUACAACUCUUCCUCUUAAUGCAUUGCAGAGCAAAGGAAUAAAAUUAGGCAAGGCUUAUUACUAGCACUAUGCAAUUUGAGUACCUUUUUAACUGUUUGCUUUUCUAAACAUUUUUUUUUCGGCUACUUAAUAGAUUUUGGGUGAUCUGUUUAAAUACUAAAUCUUAUUAAUUGAAAUGUUUUGAUUGUUUGCAGUUUUUGGUGAUUUGGUUUUUGAAUAUUAAGAAUAAUGCUCAGUGUAAUUCAUGUUCUUGUUCUAAUGCAUACAUUUUGAAUGAAUAUAUUUGUCAUUGCUCAUUUUAACAUAUGGCUUUUUUAGAAUGUAACAUUGUGUUAUUGCUGCGCAUGCACUCAGAAUUGAUUUAGCUAUUUUAUAUUCUAUUGCAGCUUGAUUCAUGUAACCCAUGUUUCCUUCUGUUUUUUUAGAAAAAAACGUUUUUUGUUGCAAAUGCUAAGAGUUUGGCUUAAAAUACUGACUUGCCAUAAUAUUGAUUAUAACUAUACUAUAUAUAUUCUUUGCCACUAAAAUGUUAUUCAAGCGAUUAAAAAAUAAAGUUGUCAUAACAAUUACCACUCAUACAUUCAUUCAUUCAUUCAUUCAUUCAUUCAUUCAUUCACUCACUAGCUGGAUAUCUGCAUUGUGCAGUAAAAGCUGAAAAGGUUCACUGUUUAUCCUUGUAUCAAAAGCAGUAUCCAUUGUUACCUAUGGAUGGCGCUAGUAGUCAUGCUAAAACUGUUUAAUUGCAAGCCUGUGAUCCCACCACAGCUCCCAGCUUGACAUUUUACCAGAGGUAUGAAAAUAAAAUUGUAGACUUUGGCUGUAGUAUAACAUUAACUUGUCUGUUGUAUUAGAGACUUUAAUAAACAUAAUGGGAAUUUCA